AUGGUGGACUUCGUCGAGGUAAAUAAUGCUCGACUUGCUUACCGCAUCGCGGGUAGCGAAAAUGCCCCUCUCAUGAUAACACUUCAUGGCGGACGAGGCUUUGGAGAUCAUAGAUCCGAUUUCAGAAUCUAUAGCCAGUUAAGCGACCAGCUGCGUGUUUUAUCAUUUGACUACAGAGGCCAUGGACAAAGCAGCCAUACCAAGCCAUACACGUUCGAACAGAUCGUCGAUGAUAUUGAAGGCCUCAGAAAACACUUCGCCGGCGACAAACAAGUCAUCAUUUGUGGUGGAAGCUUUGGGGGCUUCCUUGCUCAACAUUAUGCGAUCAAGUACGCGGCUCACGUCUCGUACCUGAUCCUGAGGGGCACAGCUCCAUCGCAUCAUCACGAAGAGGGGGCGAUCAAGACCCUCGAAGAGAGAAUACACCGAGUCCCGAGCUUUUCUGCCCAUAUGCUUAGGAGCAAAGUGUUUGGCGCAUUCGAGAGCGAUAUAGAGUUCCAACUUGUGUACUUCGCCAUGCUGCCCCUAUACGAUGAGAACCAGGACCCAGAUACUGGUCUUCGAAAAGCCCUCGAUACUGUCUAUAAUGCAGAAUCACACAAUGAUCUUUACUCUGAGGAAGAGAAAUACUUCGACUACACAGAUCGCUUAUCGGAAAUCACAGCAAAGACACUUGUGAUUGUCGGUGACAGAGACUGGAUCUGUCCACCAGAUAACUCGAAGUUGAUCGCCUCGAGAAUCCCGAGGGCAGAGCUGUUCACGGUAGAAGGUGCAAAUCACGGCGUUCAUGCUGAAAGACCCGAGCUGGUGCUUGCUAGGAUUCGUAAACAUGUUGAUACAAACAUUUAG